GAAAUUGCAACCAUAUGUUUUGUGAUCAUAUGUUUUCGUGUCGGAUAAUUUUUGCUGACUAAAAUUUUGCCAGUAAUGUUAAGCCUUUCAUUAAACAGUCGUCCCUCCCUGCUGAAAUUAAACUGGCCGCCACAAUGAGAUUCCUUGCUGAAGGAGGUUUUCAGCGAUCUAUAGGGAAAGACUUGCAUAUCGCACUUCAUAGAUCCACCAUUUCGAAGGUUCUUAAAGAAAUGUUAAACAUUUUAGAAAGAACACAGUGCCCAAAGUGGAUUAAGCUAAGAAUGAGCUUUGAUGAAAUCCGUCAGUCAAAAUUGUACUUCAGCAAUAAUUUUAACAUUCCUGGAGUAAUAGGCUGUAUCGACGGGACACAUGUGAAAUUGCUUAAACCCAACGAUAAUGAUCAUCUUUAUUAUAAUAGAAAGGGUUGCUUUAGUGUUAACGCAAUGAUAAUAUGUGAUUUCAGAAUGAUAAUAAGAGCUGUGGAUGCGUGUCAUCCAGGAUCGAGCCAUGAUUCGUUUAUUUUCAAUCAGAGCAAUGCAAAGCAUUACCUUGAAUCCAAAUAUGAAGCUGGUGAUCAUAGUUCUUGGCUGCUAGGUGAUUCCGGCUAUGGGUUAGAACCAUUUCUACUAACUCCUUAUCGCGAUCCCAGUGCUGGAACGUCAGAACAUGUAUUCAAUCUCCAACAUGCCAAAGCUCGCAACAUAAUUGAGAGGGUAAUUGGAGUACUUAAAAGUCGCUUCAAAUGCUUGCAACAAAUUCUGCCAUAUACUCCGCAGAAAGUAGUUCAAAUUGUUAACAUCUGCAGUACUUUACAUAACAAAUGUCGCUAUCAUAAUAUAGACGACGUCCUUGUCAAUUGUACUGAAGAUAUUACCGACGACGAACCUGCAGAACAAAACAGUCGUUUCCUGACUUCUGCUGCUCAUAUAAGGGAUGAAAUUUCGCUUGACGACUUAUGCGGGCUGCACUUGGAUCCAAAUGGACUUGUAUUAUUAUAUUAUACCUAUAAUCAGGGACCGUAACAGUUACCUACAACUUUUAUUAAAAAAAUCGUAGUAAAGUUUUGUUUCCAACACCUUCUUAA